AUGUCGUUCCCGCUCCAGAUCUCGGCCCGUUGCUGCAGAAAUGCACUCCGACAAGCUCCCGUCGUGACUCGAGCGGCCCCAACGUAUAUCUCCCGGUACGGCCGCCGGUGGGAAUCCACAGAAGCUGCCGCGACGCCUGCGAACCCGAAAAUCACUCAGAUCGUGGACCAGAUAAGCCAAUUGACACUGUUGGAGACUGCGGAUUUGGUUUCAAGCUUGAAGUCCCGUCUCAACAUCCCCGACCUCCCCGUCGGCGGCUUCGCCAUGCCCGCCGGAGGCGCCGCACCCGGCGCCGCUGCCGCUGAAGAAGACGAACCCGCCCCCGCCGCGCAAGAAAAGACCCUGUUCAACCUCAAGCUCGAGUCGUUCGACGCCGCCUCCAAGGCCAAGGUGAUCAAGGAGGUCAAGUCGAUGCUGGGCCUGAGCCUGGUGGAGAGCAAGAAAUUCGUGGAGAGCGUGCCCAAGGUGAUGAAGGAGAGUGUGCCCAAGGAGGAGGCAGAGAAGAUCGUGGAGACGCUCAAGGCGUUGGGGGCAAAGGCCGUUUUGGAAUAA